GUCGGGGAAUCGGGAGUCCAUUGGGGGUGGAUUAAGGCUGCUCAGGGCUGACUGAGCGCCCGGGGCCGCUGUGGACUGUAGCAGGGCAGUGUGCGCCAGCAACCGCCUAGGGUGGCCGGGCGCCGGGGACCGGAGGGGGGUCCUGGCUUGUCUUCUAUCCCAGGCCCAGGCCCCGGUCCUCGGGUAGUGUGAUGCUACCCGACUGCUGCAGGGGACACCGAGGCACGAAGGGGGCUUGGGCCACGCUGGAGGCCACCGGCAGGGGCUGAUUUGCUCCUGAUCGCUCUUCCUCUGCCUGGUGACCUGGAGAUAUAGCAUUUCCCCGGAGCUAGAGCCCCCUCCUGGGGUGAUGGGAGCAACCACGCGAGAUGGACGAGAAGACCAAGAAAGCCGAGGAGAUGGCCCUGAGACUGACCCGAGCAGUGGCUGGCGGGGACGAGCAGGUGGCUAUGCAGUGUGCCAUCUGGCUGGCAGAGCAGCGCGUGCCCGUGAGAGUGCAGCUGAAGCCGGAGGUCUCCCCAACACAGGACAUCAGGCUGUGGGUGAGGGUGGAAGACGCUCAGAUGCACACGGUCACCAUCUGGCUCACAGUGCACCCUGACAUGACAGUGGCUUCCCUCAAGGACAUGGUGUUCCUGGACUACGGCUUCCCAGCGGCCCUGCAGCAGUGGGUGAUUGGGCAGCGGUUGGCCCGGGACCAGGAGACACUCCACUCGCACGGGGUGCGGCGGAACGGCGACCGUGCCUACCUCUACCUGCUGUCGGCCCGCAACACCUCCCUCAGCCCCCAGGAGCUGCAGCGGGAGCGCCAGCUGCGGAUGCUGGAAGAUCUGGGCUUCAAGGACCUCACGCUGCAGUCCAGGGGCCCAUUGGAGCUGGCACCCCCGAAGCCUGGGGCCCCCCAGGAGCCGGGUCAGGGGCAGCCCGACACCACUCUGGAGCCCCCACCGGUGGGCUGGCAGUGCCCCGGCUGCACCUUCAUCAACAAGCCCACGCGCCCUGGCUGCGAGAUGUGCUGCCGGGCGCGGCCCGAGAACUACCAGGUGCCCCCCACGUACCAGCCCGACGCGGAGGAGCGAGCGCGGCUGGCGGGGGAGGAGGAGGCGCUGCGCCAGUACCAGCAGCGGAAGCAGCAGCAGCAGGAGGGGAACUACCUGCAGCACAUCCAGCUGGAUCAGAGGAGCCUGGUGCUGAACACGGAGCCCGCCGAGUGCCCUGUGUGCUACUCGGCGCUGGCACCCGGCGAGGCUGUGGUGCUGCGGGAGUGUCUGCAUACCUUCUGCAGGGAGUGUCUGCAGGGCACCAUCCGCAACAGCCAGGAGGCAGAGGUCGCCUGCCCCUUCAUCGACAACACCUACUCGUGCUCGGGCAAGCUGCUGGAGAGGGAGAUCCGGGCGCUGCUGAGCCCCGAGGAGUACCAGCGGUUCCUGGACCUGGGCAUCUCCAUCGCCGAGAACCGCAGUGCCUUCAGCUACCACUGCAAGACCCUGGACUGCAAGGGCUGGUGCUUCUUCGAGGACGACGUCAACGAGUUCACCUGCCCCGUGUGUUUGCGCGUCAACUGCCUGGUCUGCAAGGCCAUCCACGAGAAGAUGAACUGUAAGGAGUACCAGGACGACCUGGCCCUGCGGGCUCAGAAUGACGUGGCUGCCCGGCAGACAACAGAGAUGCUGAGGUCCAUGCUGCAGCAGGGCGAGGCCAUGCACUGCCCACAGUGCCGGAUCGUGGUGCAGAAGAAGGACGGCUGUGACUGGAUCCGCUGCACUGUCUGCCACACGGAGAUCUGCUGGGUCACCAAGGGCCCGCGCUGGGGUCCGGGGGGCCCCGGAGACACCAGCGGGGGCUGCCGCUGCCGGGUGAAUGGGAUCCCCUGCCACCCCAGCUGUCAGAACUGCCACUGAGACGCUGGUGGCCCUGUGCCUAUGCCGACCCAGCCCCAUGUCCACAAGUUGCUGUAGAAGAGGGCAGGGGCUUUGGCUGUGAUUUCUGGCUUGGGAGAUGCCUUUGUGCUUGGCUGAGACAGGGGUCCCCCAGAGGCCAAGGCCCUGAGCUGCAUGGAUGAUGGCCUUGUUUGCUACGGUGUUGCAAGCGCCCUGCCUGAGCUGGCCGUUGUCCACAGCCGCCUCUGCCCCAGUGCCUUUGCCUUUCCCUGGGGCUUGCUGGCCAGACCUCUCACCUCUUCCUUGCGGCUCCCACUCUGCCUGACCCAGCCUGAAACACAGCCCUGGCCAGAGGCCUUGUGGGAUGGAGCCUCCAAGAGCCCCGUGUGAGCCCACACACUCCCACCCCCCUUCCGCCAUGUCUCCCGCACCGGAGCACUCACACCUGCCACUUCCCGUCGGCCUUCUGGGGCCGACCUUUCUCUGGCUUUGCUGUUGGAGGCCUGGGGCCCCUUGGAACUGCUGCUAAUUCUCUUCGGAGUCCAGAGGGAGACCUGGUGGUUUCUGGAGCACAGCCCACCUGGCCCAGGUUCUGCCGCUCCCUCUUUGCCACUGGUGUAAGCUAAUUAAAGUGGUUUUCCAGGAA